CAGAGGUUAUAAGCCCACAGCAACAACAGCAGACUAACAACGUGCGGUAUAUAGGCUAGAAGUGUCACUCAGACACGUUCCUCUUGCCUCUGGACACGGGAGAAAUGCACUAUCUAGCCGCAGCACAGUGGAAAUAUGUUUUUUUGGAGGAGCGCACCAGUGCGCACUGCUUGGAGUAGCCUAAUCAGCCACACGUUUCGGACGGGAAAAUACAUCUGUCUGUAGUGGCUGUACUACUGGAAUUUACAUAAAAUCCUAGAAAAUGACAACAGCAACAGAAAUGGGGUCCACGAAAAUAACACCCGAGGUUCUGCAAGAGAUGCUGCAACAUUACAAUUUAACGCGACAAGAGUUCAUCGAGUCUUACAACAUACAGCCGCUUGUCUACGUCCCUGAGUUGCCGUUGGGCGCUAAGACUACUUUCGUCAUCAUGUAUGCUGUCAUAUUCGUCCUGGCUUUAGUUGGAAACAGCUUGGUUGUCUACAUAGUGGUGCGUAAAAGAGCAAUACAGACCUCCACUAAUAUCUUCAUCUGUUCUCUGGCGGUGAGCGAUCUUCUUAUCACGUUCUUCUGUAUCCCGUUCACCUUGUUGCAGAACAUCUCCUCGGAAUGGCUCGGAGGUGUUCUCAUCUGCAAGACGAUUCCUUUUGUUCAGACUAUGGCCAUAGUGACGGGGAUUCUCACAAUGACCUGCAUCGCCGUGGAGAGGUACCAGGGAAUUGUCUACCCCUUGAAAAUGAGGAGGCAGUACACCCCGAAAAGAGCAUACAAGAUGCUAGGACUUGUAUGGAGUGCAUCAGUGGUUGUGGGAUCCCCAAUGCUGUUUGUACAGCAACUAGAGGUGAAGUAUGACUUCCUGUACGAUCACCACCACGUGUGUUGUCAGGAGCGUUGGCGUUCCCUGGUCCACAGACAAGUGUACACCACCUUCAUCAUGGUCGCUCUGUUCCUGAUGCCCAUGGCAGCCAUGUUGUUUCUCUACACACGGAUAGGGAUAGAGCUGUGGAUCAGGAAGAGGGUGGGGGACUCCUCUGUCCUGAACACCAUGAACCACAGAGAGGUCAACAAAAUAUCCAGGAAGAAGAAACGAGCUGUAAAAAUGAUGAUUACCAUCGUUCUGCUGUUCACGAUCUGUUGGGCUCCGUUUCAUACCGUUCACAUGCUGUUUGAGUACAACAACCUAGAGAAGAACUCUGACGAGGUGACGGUGAACAUGAUCAUCGCCAUCGUCCAGGCCAUUGGCUUCUCCAACUCUUUCAACAACCCGAUCAUCUACGCCUUCAUGAACGAGAACUUCAAGAAGAGCUGUGUGGCAACCUUGUCCCGCUGCCUCAGGAAGCCCUCCAACCACCGGGGCGGCGCUGUGGAGACGCCCAACAACCCCACUGUACUCUUUAUUAGACCACUGAAGAGGGAGGCCUUCUCAGAGACUGGAGGUGGGGCUAAUGGAGGCUUGGCGCAGGGUGUGCUGGAGAACGGUCCGUCUGUCUCCUCUCAGACCUCCUCAGCCUUAGCAGGGGAGAAGAUGACGGAGAACACUCAGCUGCCCAGUGAGCAUCUGUUGAAAUAGUCUCGUUACAGACUUAAAAGAAGAAGCACUCCAGUCUCCUUCUCACCUCAUUUAUCCAAGUGUACAUUAUGGGAUAAAUUAGUACAGGUUCCCGAAGCGUACCUUUAAAAAGAAGCACUCCAGUCUCCUUCUCACCUCAUUUAUCCAAGUGUACAUUAUGGGAUAAAUUAGUACAGGUUCCCGAAGCGUACCUUUAAAAAGAAGCACUCCAGUCUCCUUCUCACCU